AUGGCGGUGGCCAGGAAGAUCAAAACUUUGCUGACGGUCAACAUCCUGGUUUUCGUGGGCAUCAUCCUCUUCUCCGUGUACUGCCGCCUGCAGGACCGCUCCGAGGAGCUAGUGCAGAUCGUGCGCAGCGCCGACCGCCGGGUGCGCAGCCGGCAUGCAAAGGUGGGCGCGCUGGUGGACCGGGAGGCCAUCCUGCAACGGCUCGACCACCUGGAGGAGGUGGUCUACAACCAGCUGAAUGGCCUCGCCAAGCCGAUAGGUCUGGUGGAAGGGCCGGGGGGCCUGGGCCAGGGUGGCAUGGCUGCCACGCUGCGGGACGACAGCCAGGAGACAGAGGGCAAAUAUGAGGAGUACGGCUACAACGCCCAGCUCAGCGACCGCAUCUCCCUGGACAGGAGCAUCCCCGACUACAGGCCCAAAAAGUGCAGACAGAUGACCUACUCUGAGAGCCUGCCCCAGAUCUCCGUGGUCUUCAUCUUUGUCAAUGAAGCCCUCUCGGUCAUCCUGCGCUCAGUGCACAGCGUGGUCAACCACACCCCCUCUCAGCUCCUCAAGGAAGUCAUUCUGGUGGACGACAACAGUGACAACGUUGAGCUCAAGUUCAACCUGGACCAGUACGUCCACAAGAGGUAUCCUGGCCUUGUAAAGAUCGUCCGCAACAGCAAGCGUGAAGGCCUGAUCCGAGCCCGGCUGCAGGGCUGGAAGGCAGCCACCGCCCCUGUCGUCGGCUUCUUCGACGCCCACGUGGAGUUCAACACAGGCUGGGCAGAGCCCGCGCUGACCAGGAUCCGGGAGGACCGCCGACGCAUCAUUCUGCCGGCCAUCGACAACAUCAAGUACAACACGUUCGAGGUGCAGCAGUACGCCAACGCGGCCCACGGGUACAACUGGGGGCUCUGGUGCAUGUACAUCGUCCCACCCCAGGACUGGCUGGACCGCGGUGAUGAGUCGGCACCCAUCAGGACCCCCGCCAUGAUCGGCUGCUCGUUCGUGGUGGACCGGGAGUAUUUCGGGGACAUCGGCCUGCUGGACCCAGGCAUGGAGGUGUACGGUGGGGAGAACAUUGAGCUGGGCAUGCGGGUGUGGCAGUGCGGUGGCAGCAUGGAGGUGCUGCCCUGCUCCCGCGUGGCCCACAUUGAGCGCACCAAGAAGCCCUACAACAAUGAUAUCGAUUACUACGCAAAGCGCAACGCCCUUCGGGCAGCGGAGGUGUGGAUGGAUGACUUUAAGUCCCACGUGUACAUGGCCUGGAACAUCCCCAUGACUAACCCUGGCGUGGACUUUGGGGACGUGUCCGAGAGGCUGGCCCUACGUCAGAGGCUGAAAUGCCGCAGCUUCAAGUGGUACCUGGAGAACGUGUACCCAGAAAUGAGGGUCUACAACGACACCCUCACGUACGGAGAGGUGAGAAACAGCAAGGCCAGCGGCUACUGCUUGGACCAGGGGGCUGAAGAUGAUGACCGAGCCAUCCUAUACCCCUGCCAUGGGAUGUCCUCCCAGCUGGUGCGGUACAGUGCUGAGGGCCUCUUGCAGCUGGGCCCCCUGGGCUCCACCGCCUUCCUGCCUGACUCCAAGUGUCUGGUGGACGACGGUAAGGGCCGCACGCCCACCCUGAAGAAGUGCGAGGAUGUGGCCAGGCCAGCCCAGCGGCUGUGGGACUUCACACAGGGCGGCCCCAUCAUCAGCCGGGACACAGGCCGGUGCCUAGAAGUGGAGAUGGUCAAGGAUGCCCACUUCGGGCUGCGGCUGGUGGUGCAGCGGUGCUCGGGACAGAAGUGGGCCAUCAGGAACUGGGUCAAGCAUGGGCGCCACUGA